UGAAUAAAAUAUCCGUGGAAAAAUAAUCAUCAUUCUAUCAUUGUGCUUUUGAUCGGAGGAUCAAGUUUUUCACUAAUAGGCUUAAAUUUGAUUUUUAAAUGACAAUUAUAUACUCUUUUACCUUUUAUUGAACGUGUGUAGCUUUGGCUGCUAAUUAGAUACGAUUGGUUUUAAGAAGACAUUUUAACAAUAUUUGCAAUUUCUAUUAAAAGGAUUAGUUUGAAAAAAGGAGAAUUUAAACUCAUGUUUAUUUUAAAAGAAAAUAUUUAACAAAACUGGAUAAAAGGGACAUGUUUCAAAACAUGAUGACGCCGCAAAUGUAUCAAAGUUUAUUUAGGACACUUCCGUUAGUUCCUCAGCCAGUGUCGACGUCGUCGGCUUCAUUCUUAGUUGAAAAUCUUCUCCGUGAAAGCCAGUCCGCACUUAUAUCCAGACCAGUUACAAGUUUACAGGCGGGUGUCAUCGGGAUUCCGGGUAUAAACAUUACCGGUGUGCCGGGGCUCUCCCUUGCGCGCGGACAGGAAACGUUAAACACGGCGACGACGUCAUCAUCAAGUAAUAACGUGACGCCGUACUUGAAAUUCGGCGUCAGUGCAAUCCUUGGAUCAGACAAUAAUGACAACAGAUCUAGCCCACCACGGGCGUACCACAGCAGUCCCGCACACAUGCCCGUGAGCCCCGUGGCGUGCCCGAAGCCCUGCAGUCCGACCCUAGGGUGCCAGUCCUGCCUCCCCCGCCAACCAACACUUUACGAGCAUCCAUUCCAUGGCAUGUUCAGACACCCGUACUUUGCCGGUUCGCCGCUGAUGCCGAUGCCGAACGCGUUCUCGUUCCUGAGCCAGAUGCGGGGGAAGCCCCGGCGCGGGAUGCUGCGGCGCGCAGUUUUCUCCGACAUGCAGCGCAAGGGGCUCGAGAAAAUGUUCCAGAAACAGAAGUACAUCAGCAAACCUGACCGCAAAAAGCUGGCAACCAAAUUGGGAUUGAAGGAUUCUCAGGUAAAGAUCUGGUUCCAAAACAGAAGAAUGAAAUGGCGGAACUCGAAGGAGAGAGAACUGUUGUCUUCCGGUGGUUCCCGUGACAACACUCUACCGAAUAAGAACAACCCUAACCCAGAUCUGAGCGACCUGAACAAACCCUCCAACAGUGACACAGACGACCAUAUAGAUGCCACCUUCAGCUCGGCAGAUGGCGCAGAGACGUUACCGGAGACCACGGGCUCGAGCCCAUAUGAACAAAUGACUAUGAACUCGCAAGAAAUAUUCCGACAAAUGGACGAAGUGGACGAUGAUUUAGAAUCAUUGUCUGAUAGUGGGGAUGAGGAAAUUGACGUCUCCUAGGUGAAUGGAGAUCUAUGUUCGAUAGGUCAUCUUACAUUUGACUACUGACAAAGAUCGCCUAAAGCCAAGUGCAGCCGUCUGUUCGUGUCACUUGCUUAUAGAUAUGCUUAAACUGGACACGUUUGGAAGGGGAUCUUUCAACAAGCUUUAUGUCAAUAAAUUUAGAAACAUAACAUGUGGUUGAAGAUUAUAUAUUCGGAGAUGAGGAAGUUGGUUGACAACUUUCUAUUGUUAUUGUGAUUAUUAUUUAUUUUGCAAUUAUUUUAUUGUUUUAUCUUGCUGAACAUAAAUAAAUGUGCUUCAACG